AUGCAGGGAACGUGGAACCUGUUUAAGACGAACUAUCCAAAUAUCUCACCGGGGCUCCGUGUUUUUGUGCGCCAGUCCGUUGAUGCGUUCAAGACGUGGAGGAAAAUUUACCAUCGUGGCCGCCAGUAUGGCCCAACGGACUAUGUAGAGCAGGCGGAGGUGUAUUCACCGGACUACUGGAAGCGCGGCAUCUCACAGGAGAAGAAUGUGUGGGUGGAUAUGAAGCUUAGCGAGGAGGUCUCGCAGAAGGAGCUAGCGCAGCUGAUUCGGUGCAAGUUGGACGCCUGGCGCGUUGCCCACGUUUGCGCGGCGCCCCUUCUCAUAGGUGGAUAUGCCCUGCCGCUGGCGGUGCUCUGGCUUUCAAGCUACACGUGGGUGCCCUAUUCCUUUUGUCUGACGGAGGAGGAAAAGAAGGAGUGGUACGAAGCGCAGGACCUCUACCGCUACCGCAGCAUCCCGUCCUUCCUGGCGGAUACGAAAUGGUAUUUUGACUUCCACGCAUACCCUUUCAACGCUGUCCAUGAGCGCGCUUGGGAGGAGCUUUUCGAGAAGAACAAUGUGCGCCGCGACCCCAAGGUGGUGCGGCCGGCAGCUGAGAUGUACGAAGGAUUCAUUCGUUUCGAUUGGAUCCGACGUAAGUCCCUACGCCACCUCGCGCGCAGCAUGAAUCUCCCAACCUUUCCCAUGCUCACUCGGAUGUGUGCCAUGACGCGCAUACGGGACUAUUGGAACUUGAUUUGGAAUGAGGACUACAUGGUUAUCACCCAGGAGCUUCAUAAGACGAUGUCCCGUGACGAGCUCUACGAGUUCGCCUGGCGUCGAUUCCUCGCGCCGUAUGACAAAAACCUUUCACAAGCUCAGUUGAUCGAGCGAGUAAACGACUACUUUGAGUUCUUGGGCCCUGACUUCGUGAAGGAGGGAAAAACUCCCAAUCUCAUUGUUCUGUCCUGCUACGUUUUUGGCUACUACAACGAUCCCGCGUAUCUAGUUGAGGAUAUCAGUGAUCUUGAGAAGAACGACUUUCAGUAUAUGUCUGGCCUCGCUAAGGACGCUUUCAUGCGUCGCUUGGAGUUCGAAAACGGCCCCCUCCGUGAUCAGGUAGAGGUGCACACGCAAAAGCUUUUGGCUGAACGCGCUGCUGCGGCUGCCAAGGGGUUGAACAGCAAAGAAGUCGAAGCAUAA